UCGCGCUCUAAUUGACAGCACCCCCCGUACACGCUCACCACCAUGUACAAGCUCAUCCGUCGUAUAUCCAGUUCGUUCUUCCCCCGGCCAGACAGACCAUGGAGCGAGGAUGCUACGUCCACGGCCCCAGUCAUUGGGCGCAAACGUCGGAAUAGUUCCAUAGAGCCUGAUGAGUCUGAUGAGCGUGCUGUGUUCAAGCGAAACCGCACCGAUUCUGCGGAUGUCGAGGAAGGUCCCUCAUCCAGUCCUCAAAGAGAGGAGUCGCCGUCGAAGGAUGGCGAAGGUGUGAAGGAGGUCACUGAGGGGGUGCGGGAAGUGGAAAUUGAUGAUAAGAAGGAUACCCCAGAAGUUCCUGCAGAAGCUGCCGCUUCUGUCCCUCUUCCAGAGUCGCCUGAACUUAAGGCGCAGAAGGAGCCCAGCGAGGAGAAGGAUGUUCCGGAAGUAGCUGCGGAGAAGGCUACCUCGCAGAGCGCUGAAGCGGAUACGGAGAAUAUUACCGAGGUGGCAUCGCAGGAAGCCCCCAAGUUCAACGAGCCCGAGCUUGUCACCACUGUCGAGGAGAAAGAAGCUUCUCAGGUAGCAACCACGAAGAAGAUCGAUGUCGUACAAGACGCUUCACAGGAAGGGGAGGUUCACGCAUCAUAAUGACAUAUAUCUAUACCCUGCUAUCAUCCAUUCACUAACUUCUAUCUAUCAACAUCCCCGGUUAUCUAUCCUUACACGUAUUUUGCUUUCUC